AGGUAUCUAAACUUCCAUCAGAUCACCUCCGUGGGUCCAAUAAUACAUUCCGUGGAUCUCUCGAACUCUUUAUGUAGAUCGGCAUCUAAAUCCAAACCCAAUCGAUUUCUUCUCCUCUAAUGGUUAUAUAACUUCCAUAUAAUCGAUCUGAUCAUCAUUCAUCACUCAUCACUGCAAUCGUUACCAAUGGCGGACCAGAAACCACAGCUCUUUGAACUAAACAAUGGAACAAUGAAGGUUAUGGUGUCUAAUUAUGGUUGCAUCAUCACCUCCUUGUUCGUUCCUGAUAAAGACGGAAAAUUGGGUGAUGUUGUUCUUGGAUUUGACACUCUCGAACCCUACCUGAAUGGUUCUGCACCCUACUUUGGUUGCAUUGUUGGGAGAGUUGCAAACAGGAUUAAAGAGGGGAAGUUCACACUCAAUGGGACUGAAUAUUCUCUUCCAAUUAACAAUGGUCCAAACAGUCUCCAUGGUGGGCUUAAAGGAUUUGACAAGGUUGUUUGGGAAGUCGUUGAGCAUAAACAGGGAGACAAUCCAUCAAUAACCUUUAAAUACCAUGCUCGUGAUGGGGAAGAAGGUUACCCAGGAGACCUUUCCGUGAAAGCAACCUACACCCUGACAUCAAAAACAACAUUAUCUCUCACCAUGGAAGCCACACCGGAAAACAAACCAACUCCGGUCAACCUCGCCCAACACACCUACUUCAACCUCGCCGGCCACAACUCCGGCACCACCAUCCUCAACCACACCGCCCAAAUCUUCGCAAACCACAUCACUCCGGUCGACGAAACCCUAAUCCCAACCGGCGAAAUCAAACCUGUGGCCCAAACCCCGUUCGAUUUCACUACAGAGAAGAGAAUCGGGACUUCGAUUAAUGAAAUCGGAUUAGGGUAUGACCAUAAUUAUGUUCUCGAUAGUGGGGAAGAGAAAUUAGGGUUGAAACGCGCUGUGAAAUUGAAGGAUCCGGUGAGUUCUAGGGUUUUGAAUUUGUGGACGGAUGCUCCUGGAAUGCAAUUUUAUACGGGGAAUUAUGUGAGUGGGGUUGUGGGGAAAGGGGGAGCUGUUUAUGGGAAGCAUUCGGGUGUGUGUUUGGAGACACAAGGGUUUCCGGAUUCGGUUAAUAAAGAGAAUUUUCCGUCUGUAGUGGUUCAGACAGGUGGGAAGUAUAGGCAUAGGAUGGUUUAUGAGUUUUCGGUUGAAUGAGGUUUAUGUAAUUUUGUGUGAUUGGUUGGAAAUAAUGUUUGCACAAAAUAAUCAGUUUAGAGUGUUGAAUAAGAUAUAAGAAUAUUAGAAAAAAGUUGGAUUCAAUCAAGUGAUUCUUUUGGUUGUGAUAGUUCAAAUAUUGUAAAGAAAUGACCAUGCAUUUAACAAAAAAAGAAGUAUCAAGAAACAACAAAAA